CAUUAACCCUAUCAUAUUUUCCUUGAGAAAUCAUUUCCCCAUAGAUCUAGCUAUGACAAGAAAGAAAGUAAAUCUUGCAUACAUAGCAAAUGAUAGUGCAAGGAAGGCCGCUUUCAAGAAAAGGAAGAGGGGUCUGUUGAAGAAAAUGAGUGAGUUGAGUACCCUGUGUGGAAUCCAAACAUGUGCAAUUAUUUACAGUCCCUAUGACCCCGAACCUGAGAUUUGGCCUUCCCCCUUGGGGGCACAAAGCGUGAUUGCAAGAUUUAAGAGCAUGCCUGAGGCGGAACAAAGCAGAAAAAUGGUAAAUCAAGAAAGUUUCUUGAGACAAAGAAUAACCAAAGCAAAGAACCAAUUGAAGAAGCAGCAAAGAGAGAGCAGAGAGUUGGAGAUGACCCAAGUCAUGUACAGGAGCUUGGUUAGAGAUCAAGGGCUGCAAAAUCUGGGUGUUGUAGACUUGAACGACUUUAGAUGGCUCAUAGAGAAAACUGUAGAGGAGAUUGACGAGAGAAUCAAGUCCCUUCGACAACAAAUAAUUACUCCUCCCCAAGUCGUGACUGCAGGGACAAGCAGCAACCAUGUUAAUCAUACCGGUCAAGAGAUAAUUGGAUUGAGGAAUGAAGAGAUGGCAGCAUCACAUGAUGAGAAUCCUCAAUGGUUAAUGGAGAUGCUGAGAUCGAAUGAGAACGACGUUGGGAGGAACGAAGCCAUGCUGCCGUAUGCAUUCAAUAAUAACAGUAACAGUUUGUGGUCUACUUUUAAUUUCCCAUAA